AUGGCAACUUUCAACUUCACCACAUCUGACCCUUCAACAUUCAUCCUAAUGGGUAUCCCUGGCCUGGAAGCUGGACACAUCUGGAUUUCCAUCCCUUUCUCUAUUUCCUACAUUAUCAGCCUUUUGGGAAAUAUUACACUUCUUUUUGUUGUAGGGAAAGAGCAGACCCUGCACAAGCCGAUGUACCUGCUACUCUGCCUGCUCGCGCUCACAGACAUUGCCACAUCUAUCUUCAUUGUGCCGAAGGCACUGUGUAUAUUUUGGUUCAAUUUGAGGAGCAUUACUGUGGCUGGCUGCCUCACCCAGAUGUUCUUCCUUCACACGGUUUCUUUCAUGCAGUCAGCCAUUCUUGUGAUAAUGGCCUUUGAUCGCUACGUUGCCAUAUGUAACCCUCUGAGAUAUGCCACCGUCGUCACCAACACACGAAUAUCUAAGCUAGGGUUCAUGGGUUUGAUCAGAUCUGUUAUCUUCAUGUUGCCUCUGCCGCUGCUCCUGAGCAGGCAGCCAUUCUGUGACAACCACUUUAUCGCCCAAACACACUGUGAGCACAUGGCGGUGGCAAAGAUAUCAUGUGGGGACAUCACAGUGAACAGGAUGUACAGUUUUGUUAUAGUGUUUGUAGUCAUCGGGUUCGACCUGACACUCAUUGCCCUGUCCUACGGUCUGAUCAUGAGGGCUGUCCUCAGAAUCUCCUCCAAGAAAUCCUACCAGAAAGCCCUCAACACCUGCACUGCCCACAUCUGUGUGAUGCUGACAUCUUAUGGUCCCGGCUUCCUAACCAGCCUGACUCACCGGUUUGGUCAGGGCAUCGCUCCCCACGUUCACAUCAUCUUGGCCAACCUCUAUUUCCUCAUCCCCCCCAUGCUCAACCCUAUCAUUUAUGGGGUCAAAACCAAAGAGCUUCGUGACAAAGUGGGCAAAUACACCUGCAGAAGGUGA